UAAGGUUAUGCGUGUUCGAGUCCAGGAGGCGGUGUCUGGAGAGGAUGGUGGGGUAUGGCAUCACAGCUGCAGGUGUUCUCUCCCCCGGCAGUGUCGUCGAGUGCCUUCUGCAGUGCAAAGAAACUGAAAAUAGAGCCCUCUGGCUGGGAUGUUUCAGGACAGGGCAGCAACGACAAAUAUUACACCCACAGCAAAACCCUCCCAGCCACACAAGGACAAGGCAACUCCUCUCACCAGGUAGCAAAUUUCAGCCUCCCUGCUUACGACCAGGGCCUCCUCCUCCCGGCUCCCGCAGUGGAGCACAUUGUUGUAACCGCCGCCGACAGCUCGGGCCGCACUGCUCCGUCCACCUUCCAAAGCAGCCAGAGCCUGAGCCACAGGAGCAACGUUUCCCUGCUGGAGCCGUAUCAAAAAUGUGGGCUGAAAAGAAAAAGUGAGGAAGUGGACAGCAACGGUAGCGUGCAGAUCAUUGAAGAACAUCCCCCUCUCAUGCUGCAAAACAGGACUGUGGUGGGUGCUGCUGCCACGACCACCACUGUGACCACAAAGAGUAGCAGUUCCAGCGGAGAAGGAGACUACCAGCUGGUCCAGCAUGAGAUCCUUUGUUCCAUGACCAACAGCUAUGAAGUCUUGGAGUUCCUGGGCCGGGGGACAUUUGGGCAGGUGGCUAAGUGCUGGAAGCGGAGCACCAAGGAAAUUGUGGCAAUUAAAAUCUUGAAGAAUCACCCUUCCUAUGCCAGACAGGGCCAGAUUGAAGUGAGCAUCCUUUCCCGCCUCAGCAGCGAAAAUGCUGAUGAGUAUAAUUUUGUCCGUUCUUAUGAGUGUUUUCAGCAUAAGAAUCACACCUGCCUUGUGUUUGAGAUGCUGGAGCAGAACUUAUACGAUUUUCUAAAGCAGAACAAGUUUAGCCCACUGCCACUCAAGUACAUCAGACCAAUUUUACAGCAGGUGGCCACAGCCUUGAUGAAGCUCAAGAGCCUUGGUCUGAUCCACGCUGACCUUAAGCCUGAAAACAUAAUGCUGGUGGAUCCAGUGCGUCAGCCCUACCGAGUGAAGGUCAUUGACUUUGGCUCUGCUAGUCAUGUUUCCAAAGCCGUGUGCUCAACGUACUUACAGUCAAGAUACUACAGGGCUCCUGAAAUUAUUCUCGGAUUACCAUUUUGCGAAGCUAUUGAUAUGUGGUCACUGGGCUGUGUGAUAGCUGAGCUGUUCCUAGGAUGGCCUCUUUAUCCAGGUGCUUCAGAAUAUGAUCAGAUUCGUUACAUUUCACAAACACAAGGCCUGCCCGCUGAAUAUCUUCUCAGUGCUGGUACAAAAACGACCAGGUUUUUCAACCGAGAUCCCAAUUUGGGGUACCCACUGUGGAGGCUAAAGACACCUGAAGAACAUGAACUGGAGACUGGAAUAAAAUCAAAAGAAGCUCGGAAGUACAUUUUUAAUUGUUUAGAUGACAUGGCUCAGGUGAAUAUGUCUACAGACUUAGAAGGAACAGACAUGCUGGCUGAGAAGGCCGAUCGAAGAGAAUACAUUGAUCUCUUAAAAAAAAUGCUAACAAUUGAUGCAGAUAAGAGAAUUACUCCUCUGAAAACUCUUAACCACCAGUUUGUGACAAUGACUCACCUUCUGGAUUUUCCGCAUAGCAACCACGUUAAAUCUUGUUUUCAGAAUAUGGAGAUCUGCAAGCGAAGGGUCCACAUGUAUGAUACUGUGAGUCAGAUCAAGAGCCCUUUCACUACGCAUGUUGCUCCUAAUACAAGCACAAAUCUGACCAUGAGCUUCAGCAACCAGCUCAAUACAGUGCAUAAUCAGGCCAGCGUUCUAGCUUCCAGUUCUACUGCAGCAGCUGCUACUCUUUCUCUAGCUAAUUCAGAUGUCUCCCUCCUAAACUACCAGUCUGCUCUGUACCCAUCGUCUGCAGCACCAGUUCCUGGAGUUGCCCAGCAGGGUGUUUCCUUGCAGCCUGGAACCACCCAGAUUUGCACUCAGACAGAUCCAUUCCAACAAACAUUUAUUGUGUGUCCACCUACUUUCCAAACUGGAUUACAAGCAACAACAAAACAUUCUGGAUUCCCUGUGAGGAUGGAUAAUGCCGUGCCAAUUGUACCCCAGGCUCCGGCUGCUCAGCCGCUACAGAUUCAGUCAGGAGUUCUUACACAGGGAAGCUGUACACCACUAAUGGUAGCAACUCUCCACCCUCAAGUAGCCACCAUCACACCGCAGUAUGCGGUGCCCUUUACUCUGAGCUGCGCAGCCGGCCGGCCGGCGCUGGUUGAACAGACUGCCGCUGUACUGCAAGCUUGGCCUGGAGGAACCCAGCAGAUUCUCCUGCCCUCAACCUGGCAGCAGCUGCCUGGAGUAGCGCUCCACAACUCUGUCCAGCCCACAGCAGUGAUUCCAGAGGCCCUGGGCAGUGGUCAGCAGCUAGCCGACUGGAGGAAUGCCCACUCUCAUGGCAACCAGUACAGCACGAUCAUGCAGCAGCCGUCCUUGCUGACUAACCAUGUGACUCUGUCUGCUGCUCAGCCCCUGAAUGUUGGUGUUGCCCAUGUUGUUAGACAGCAGCAUUCCAGCUCCCUCCCUUCCAAGAAGAAUAAGCAAUCUGCCCCGGCCUCUUCCAAGCCCUCUCUAGACACAUUGCCUUCCCAAGUCUACUCUCUGGUUGGAAGCAGCCCCCUUCGCACCACGUCUUCAUACAACUCCCUAGUCCCCGUCCAAGACCAGCAUCAGCCAAUCAUCAUUCCAGACACUCCCAGCCCUCCUGUGAGCGUCAUCACCAUCCGCAGUGACACUGAUGAGGAAGAGGACAACAAGUACAAGCCCAAUAGCUCUGGCAUGAAGCCAAGGUCCAAUGUCAUCAGCUACGUCACUGUCAAUGACUCUCCAGACUCGGACUCUUCCUUGAGCAGCCCCUAUUCCACUGACACCCUGAAUGCUCUCCGAGGCAACAGCGGGUCUCUCCUGGAGGGGCCCGGCAGGGUCCUGGCAGACGCCGCCGGCACCCGCACCAUCAUUGUGCCUCCUCUGAAAACUCAGCUUGGCGACUGCACUGUAGCAACGCAGGCCUCAGGGCUUCUGAGCAGUAAGACCAAGCCAGUGGCCUCGGUGAGUGGGCAGUCAUCUGGAUGCUGCAUCACCCCCACAGGGUACCGAGCUCCACGCGGGGGGACCAGCGCAGUGCAGCCACUCAACCUUAGCCAGAACCAGCAAUCAGCUCCAACCACGCAAGAGAGAAGCAGCAACCCUGCCCCGCGCAGACAGCAGGCGUUUGUGGCCCCGCUCUCCCAAGCCCCCUACGCCUUCCAGCAUGGCAGCCCACUCCACUCGGCAGGGCAUCCACACCUGGCCCCAGCCCCCGCUCACCUGCCAAGCCAGCCUCACCUGUAUACGUAUGCAGCCCCCACCUCUGCAGCGGCCCUGGGCUCCACCAGCUCCAUUGCUCACCUUUUCUCCCCUCAAGGGUCCUCCAGGCACGCUGCAGCCUACACCACGCACCCCAGCACUCUGGUCCACCAGGUACCCGUCAGUGUGGGGCCCAGCCUCCUCACUUCUGCUAGCGUGGCCCCUGCUCAGUACCAACACCAGUUUGCCACCCAGUCCUACAUUGGAUCUUCCCGAGGCUCCACAAUUUACACUGGAUACCCGCUGAGUCCCACCAAGAUCAGCCAGUAUUCCUACUUGUAGUUGGUGAGCACGAGGGAGGAGUGGCCCUGGCUGCCUGUUCCUGAUCCUUCAUUCCCAUCCCUGCGUGAUUUGAGCGCCUCCCUCACCCUCUCUUCAAACUCCUCAGCCAGCCACGUGCGCUGCCAGGGGCCCGUGAAGUAGAAGGCUUUUCUCCGGGAAACCGUCUCAGUGUCUGACUGCAUUGUAGUCUCCCAAGUCUGCCCUGUUUUUAAUUCUUUAUUUUUGUGACAGCAUUUUUGGUAUUGGGGAGCAUUCAGGUGCCCAUCAUCUGCAUAAUCAAUCACCAGGGGAGAGCCGUCAUUCAUUCUGCAGUCACCCCUUGAGAACGAUUUCAUCUCUCUGACUUGAUUUCGAUAAAUGCUUUUACAAACAAGUGAAGCCCCGCACUGUUUUAACUUUGUUUUAUUUUCAUUGCUGAGAGGAGACAGGUGUUGAUAGAAGGACUUGAACUGUGGUACCGAAGUGAGACAAGAAAAAAGAAAGCCAAUUGCUUUUCGUGUGUUUAAAAACAGACUUGUUUGCCCGAUUCUAGUUCCAAAGCAACUGGCACUCACCUGCACGUCACCAUCCCGCAUUUGUCCUCGAAAUGUUGAGGGCAUCUUUGUUUAUUUCCACUUGGAGUGCUUCCGCUUGGUUGUCACGUCUCGACGAUACUUCAUGGAAGACGGCCAUGUGCUGCUUUGGGUUACCGCUGGAAUUCUCUCUGCCGCACCUGCACCUGUGUUGUACAGUCUUGCCCAGGCAGCUCAGCAUUGCUUACAGCUUAAUGUCAGAGACUCUGUAUGGUCAAAGCACUCUGCAUUCUUUUAGAAUGGUUUUUAAACGUCCUUCUCUCCCUGUGAGUCAGCUUCAAUUUUAUUAUGAGAAAAGCCAUUAAACUAAGGUGGUUAUUGUGUGGUGGUGGCUACAUUGUAUGCAGGGUCUCUUUGUAUUAUGAAAUCCUGGCCUUGAUGAGCUUUGCCUGAGGGGUGUUGACCUUGGUGAGCUUAGCCUAAAGAUGUGUCUGAAUUUCCAGUAAUCCACCUCUCUCUGCCACCUCUCUGCCUCAUCUCUCCGUUCUGUUUUAUGUGGUUUGUUCGGGGAGAGAGCUAAAGAAGCUGAAAUCAGAUGAGAACAUUGUUGUGGAUCGUUUUUAUACUUUAAAGUAGCUUCCUUUGUAUGCCAGCAGCAAACUGAAUGCUCUCUCAUUAUGACUUAUCCAAUAAGUGCAUGUAGGAAUUGCAAAAAAACAAAAAACAAAACAAAAAAUAUUUUAAAAGUUUAUUACUGAAUUUAAAGAUAUUUUAGAAGUUUUGUAAUGGUGGUGUUUUAAUAUUUUGCAUAAUUAAAUCUGUACAUAAUGAUUAGAAGAAAAUAUAACAAGGUAAUUUUUCCUGCUAACCCCAAAUGUUAUUUGUAAUCAACAUGUGUAGUGAUUACACUUGAAUUGUGUACCUAGUGUGUAUCUGAUCCUCCAGUGUUACCCCGGAGAUGGAAUCGAUGUCUCCAUUGUAUUUAAACCAAAAUGAACUGAUGCUUGUUGGAAUGUAUGUGAACUAAUUACAGUUAUCUUAGAGCAUAUUACUGUAGUGCUGAAUGCGCAGGGGCUUUGCCUGCAAGGAGAGGAGACCCUUGGAAUUGUUUUGCACAGGUGUGUCUGGUGAGGAUUGUUCAGUGUGUGUCUCUUUCUUCCCUCUCUCCCUCCUCCCUUAUUGUAGUGCCUUAUAUGAUAAUGUAGUGGUUAAUAGAGUUUACAGUGAGCUUGCCUUAGGAUGGAACAGCAAGCCCCCGGGAUCCUAAGCUGUUCACUGAGAUUUCUAUCAGAACAGGACUAGCAGCUGUGUUGUAUAAAAUGCAUUGUUCUCAGUUUCCCUGCCGACAUCCUAAAGCGAAAACAGCAGCCACCUCGACCCCUCGCCCUUUGGGAAUUUCAGCCCAGUUCUCCCUGGAGGGCUUCCUCUUUGAUGUCCCUCUCACUGUGUCAUGCUCCCUUGCUUCUGUGAGAAUUUAGGGAGCCGGUGAGAGGAGUCACAUCAAUAGUAAACCUGCCUUUUCAAGUAUGCGCAAUCACUUUUAAAAUGAUGCCCCCCUGGCCCUGCCCCCUUUCCCAUGUGGCAGCCCUUUGUGCACGUAGUCAACAUUCCUAGUAAAAUAUUGUUGGAAAAACCUGUAACAGAUGUGUUCAUACCAAAGAGCCUGUUGUAUUGCUUACUGUGUCCCCAUACUCUGAGGAGUUGGCUUGUGUUGCCACUGGUAACAACAGGGAGCUCACAAAGGUUUCUUAGUGGCUGAAAAAUAUUAAGAAGAGACCAAAGCCUGUUGAAUCCCUGGGACUUGUGAGGUUUCUUGUCAGCAACUCCUAUAUUCUUGGAGCCCUUCAAGCUGUGAAAUUGUCCUUGUCCUCUCAGCUCCUGCACGGAUCUGGGUCAAGUUGAAGGGGUCGGGAGGUGGGAGCAUUCCUGCCAGUAAAGGGGUUUUGGGCUAGGGGAGAAGGUUAACCCUACGAUACAGAUGGGCUCCAUCCGAGCGGAGGAUGGUCUGUCUGGGGGAUAAUUCCAGGACUGGUUCUGUGUCGAGAUGGUGUCAAGGAGGUGCAGGGUGGAGAUGGGAGAUUUCAUGGAGCCCGGUCAGCACGUGCUGGGCAGGGCCAAACCGCGAGGAGCUGUCAAGGUAUUUGGAGUUUUCUUCAUUGUAAGGAGCAAGGGCUUCCAAGAUGGGACAGGUACUCAGUACAGCCUACCAGGAACAUGUCGGUAUUUUCUGUGUUGUUUUUUUGUUUGUUUUUUCUCAGUCAUUCUGUUUAGUUUCCAGCACUGUAUUGGUCAAGAUAGUGUCGCAGACUGUAGUUUCUUGUCAUUAGUGUCACUCAGUUUUCUGAACACUGGGUCAUCUCCGUCCAUGUCUCAUUUUUGCCAAGCACAUUCUGAUUUUCUUGCUCAAAUGCAGGUCAGAUGUUUCCAACGGAGACAUUUGUAUGCCCUUCCCUUCCCUCCAUAAGGGACAGCUUCGUUGUUUUUGUAAGAAAUGAGAUGCAGGGAGAAAACAAAACAAAAUAGCCCUCCCCUGGCGCUGGCCCAGUAACCAUUUUUAAGGCAGGGGUCUUAAACUCUCCAGGCAAGAUCAUGCCAACAGCGUUACCUUCAUCGCAUUGCUGUGUGUGGCUUUAAGAAUUUUAGGAUCUUGGGUCUUAGCCAGCAAAUUGGCAUUUGAGACACGACAGGGUGAACACUCGGCUGUUUUCUGUGACUUUCGAUCCUGACCCUGACGCUUUAACAUUGCCAGCCCUGUCUGGCUGAGGAAAGGAAGCCCCAUGAAUUUAGUGAGUAUCUGGCCCGGGUCAUGGUGGCCUGACCUUAAACUAGCUUAAGGAGCUCCAAGGCUGCAAGUCCUCUGCGAACUUGCAUGGCCAGGUUCUCCCUUCAGCCCCAGAGAGGGAGGAGGGAAUGGUUCAGCAUAGCCAAUCUAGGUUCAUCAGGACACAUAAUCACUCUUGAGUUGGUAGCAACUCCCAAGAGGUGACCACUCUGUCAGUGUCUGAUGACCAAGCCCAGGAACAAGACCUCCAAUUUCAAAUCGUGCUGGCCAAUCUGAGCCUGCUCAUCCACCAGCCACCACUAGAGGGGCUGCUAUUGGCUGCCCUCGGCCAGGGAAGCACAGCCACUCAUGUUUUAGUCAGCGUUAUUAUGCAAGAAUCCACUGGUGGGGAUGGUUUGCUAUAGGACAGGAAAUGCAAUCACCACUCAGUGACAGGAAUGGGCCAAGCCUGCUUCUUAUUUUGUUUUGUUUUAAACUGAUGGAUAGUGCAGCAUGUCUACAUGGUUGUUUGUUGCUAAACUUUAUAUAAUGUGUGGUUUCAAUUCAGCUUGAAAAAUAAUCUCACUACAUGUAGCAGUACAUUAUAUGUACAUUAUAUGUAAUGUUAGUAUUUCUGCUUUGAACCCUUGAUAUUGCAAUGGAAUUCCUACUUUAUUAAAUGUAUUUGAUAUUGCUAGUUUAUUGUGUGCGAUUUACACUUUUUAUUUUUUGCUUUCUCCCUUUUCUGGUUGUACGCCUUUACAACAAGCCUCUAGAAACAUAGUUUCUGAGAAUUACCGCGCUCUGUUUGUAAUGCCAAUGUACUAGGGAGUAUGUAAAAUAAUCAUUUUAACAAAGGAAAUAGAUAUUUAAAAUUUAAUACUAACUAAGGGAAAGGGGUCCAUUGUGUAAAACAUAGUUUAUCUUUGGAUUCACUGUUUGUCUUUGGUUUUACAAAGUAGCUUGUAUUUUCAGUAUUUUCUACAUAAUAUGGUAAAAUGUAGAGCAAUUGCAAUGCAUCAAUAAAAUGGGUAACUUUUCUGAUUCA